GAAGAUUUAAAUUUGCCUGACUAAAGACUGGAGCGACUGGAGAACUUUCGUAUUCACAAGCUGCCCAAAUGAACGUUACAACUCUUUCAGCUCUUGUCAGCAAUGGAACUGCUCCAUCUGAUAAUGGUUUUUAUCUGAUUGCUUUUGAUACGUUGGGUAACAAGAACUAUCUGAUAUUAGCAUUGGUGAUUAUCUACUUGAUCACUCUGUUCUGUAAUCUUGUACUGCUUGUGAUGGUCUUCAUGAACCCCAGUCUACAGAAUCCCAAGUUUCUUGCUGUUUGUAAUCUUGCGGUGGUGGAUAUUUCUAUAAGCAGUGUUAUCGUUCCACAGAUGGUCCCUGUGUUUGUGUUUAAUCUCAAUCACAUUUCUUUUGGAACUUGUUUCUCUCAGAUGUUCUUCAUGCACUUUUUCAGUGAUAUGGAGUCUUUCUCAUUGGCUCUCUUGGCUUACGAUCGAUUGGUGGCUAUCUGCUUUCCUCUACGCUACCCCUAUAUCAACACUAAUUUCAGGAUGAGCUUCAUUAUUGGUGGUCUUUGGUUUCUGGUGUUUUUGCUUGAGAUUUUUCCAGUAACUCUGGCCAGUAAUCUUCUGUACUGUAGAUCCAGAGUGGUUCAGAGCUGUUGUUGUGAACAUGGCCCAGUUUAUGUUCUAGCUUGUGGAGAUACUUCGCUUAACAAGCAACUGGUAACUGCGAAGUCCCUGGUGGUCUUACUCGCCCCCCUGACUUUCAUCGUUCUAUCGUACAUCAUUGUCGUUUUCGCAGUGUUACGAAUCGCAUCCGUGGCUCAACGCUGGAAAGCUUUCAACACCUGCGUCACUCACCUGGCCCUGGUCUUCAUUUACUACCUGCCUGUGAUUAUGGCUUAUAUCCUGGGGAAUCUAAAAUUAAUUCAAUCUAAAGAUCUUUACACAGCUGUUCUGACGGUGUGCGUCACCCUUCCACCCAUGCUGAACCCCAUCAUCUACAGCUUAAAGACCGAGGAACUGAGAGAAAAGCUGAUUAAAUUUAUUAACCCAUCCAAAAUUUCACCACAGUCUCAAAAACAAGAGAAAGAAUCGACAGGAACUUAGAAAUUUACAGGAAUCUUCACAUUCUUUACAAAAGUGAAGCAAGAAAUUGGUAUUGCAUUGUUGCAUUGAUUUUUUGGUAGCACUUUCUAUGAAUGUCAUCUCUAUAAGACUCUAUAAACGUAUUCAUAACACAUUAUAAUGCAUUCACAAGGCAUUAUAAACAUGGCCAUACAUAUUUAUAAAACUCUAUAAUUCAGCAUAGCCAUGUUUAUUAUGCAUCAUGAACUGUGAUUAUAAUGCAUUAAUAGCUGUGUUUAUAACAUGUUAUACGUUAAAACCAACGUUAAUACCCAGCUUGUGGACUUGUAUCAUGACUAAAACAGCUUCCAACUUAAAUAAACACACCCUCAGUAAUGUUAUAAAUAUGUUUUAAGCAUAUUAAUAUGAAUAUAAUAUUAGUUAUAGUCAAUUAUAAUGUAUUAUAACAGGUCUUUGUGAGCUCUAAGUAAAGUGACAUACUUUUUCAUUGCAGGACUGGAUUAUUAACUAUUUUAGCAUGUAUAUCAUAAGCAUAGCUUAUAAUGUAUUAUAAUCACAAGUCAUAAUUCUUAAUAAACAUGGCUAUAGUGGGUUAUGCAUUUUUAUAAAUAUUUAUAGCCAUGUUUAUAAUGCCUUAUGAAUACAUUAUAAUAUAUUAUGAAUGUAGUUAUAGAGUCUAAUAAAGAUGACAUUCAUAGAAAGUGUUACCGAUUUUUUUUCUACUGAACCAUUGUAUAGAAAUGAUAAAAUAUCCAUUGAGAUGCUGGAAUAUUUUAAUUUUUAUGUAAAUGUGUAUAGAUUUUGAUGCACUUGGAAGUUAUUUCGGUAAAACUUUCAAUGAAUGUCAUCUCUCUAUACAAGCCUAGAUUCUCAUAACUGAGCUGUGGAUCUCUGCAGCUCCUCCAGAGUGACCAUGAGCUCAUUGGCUGCUUCUCUUACUAGUGCUCUUCUUGCUUGAUCUUUCAGUUCGGGUGGAGCAUGGCCAUGUCUAGGUAGGUUUGUAGUCAUAGAAUACAAUAUAGAUUUUUUUUUUUUUCAUUUUUGGAUGAUGGAAUGCCUUAUAAUGCUUUAUGAAUGCAUUAUAAUAUGAAUAAUUAUGAAUGUGGUUAUAUAUAUUUCUAUGAAUGUCAUCUCUAGUAAACUCUAUAACCACAUUCAUAGCAUAUUAUCAUGCAUUGCUAAGCAAUAAGAAAUAAGGAAGAAAAUUGGAAAAUAAUAUUAAAAAAAUAAUAUAAUUGUCAGAUCCAGUCUUUAAUUUAGUUUUUAGAUCAAGUAGAGGACAAAUCUGACUAAAUAUGACUGAAGUGAAUUUUAUUGAAUAAAAAAUUCAAAAAAACAUUUGUUGCACUAAGUUUUGCUUUUAUAACAGUGAGAAUUUCUCAGACAUUAACUUCCUAAUAAUAACAAACAGUAUUCUUCACCAAUCCAGCUACAACUGUCUCUUAUUGCUGUUGCCAGAUCUUAUUUGCAUGUUGGAUCCUCAUCAUAUGUUUAACGUGCAUUAUUUUUCUCU